GCGCCAGCCAGUAGAAGGGAGGUCAGCGCUCGCUCCGUGUUGAUUGCUGCUCAAGCGCUCCGCGCACGCGCACCUCGGCCACAGCGCCAACGCCGCGCCGUGACAAACUAUUUUCCCGACAAAAAUGUUGGCUUUUAUUUCGUAUUGAUAUUGCGUAAACGACAUAACGCGGACUAAUAGAUUUAUUGAUUCGAUCAUUUCGCUCUAUUUAUUUUUCGAUUGAUUAUUAAUAUAAUAAAUAUACAAAAUGGUCAGUAGCAACAAAGACGCAAACGAUCCCAAGAAAGUGCCGCCAAAGAAUCGUGAAAAGAAAAGCAAUAACUAUGUACGGGCAAACUUGUUAUCUCGAGCGUGGUUCGUGUGGAUGAUGCCGACCUUCUGGAGGGGCUACAAGCGGGACCUGUACGACGCCGACUUGACCAAGCCCAAAGACAACCACCUCUCCGACAAGCUGGGCGACCGCCUGGAGAAGAAAUGGCUAGAGGAGAUUGCAUUAGCCAGCAAGCAUGGACGAAAACCGUCGCUCCUGCGUGCUAUGACCAAGACGUUUUGGAUGAGUUUUGCCCCUUCCGGAGUCAUGUUCCUUAUACAGGCGCUCUUGCUAAAACCAUUCCAACCCGUGGCGCUGUCGAUGCUGCUGGCAUACUGGGAGCCGGGCACGGACAUGUCGUACGAGCAAGCCGUGUACUGCGCCACCGCCGUCAUACUCAUGUCUCUGCUCAUCGCCUUCCUCAACCACCACGGCGCCUAUUCCACCCAGCAGUUCGGCAUGAAAGUGCGCAUCGCCGCUUGCUCACUUAUUUACAGAAAGGUGAUGCGCAUGAGCUCAGGCGCGCUGGCGCAGACGACGGCGGGGCAGGUGGUGAACCUGCUCUCCAACGACGUCAACCGCUUCGACUACGCGUUCAUCUACUCGCACUUCAUCUGGUUGCUGCCGCUGCAGGUUGUCCUCGUCUGCUACCUCAUCUACAUCAAGAUCGGGUACGCUGCCAUCGUCGGAGUCAUCGGAAUCGUGCUGCAGACCAUACCAGUGCAAUCUUAUAUGAGCAAAUUGGCUGCUAGGUUACGAAUGAAGACGGCACACAGAACCGAUGAGCGUGUCCGAAUUAUGGAUGAAAUUAUUAACGGCAUGCAGGUGAUCAAAAUGUACGCAUGGGAAAAACCAUUCGAGCAAGUGGUGGCGCUAGCCCGUCGCAACGAGAUCAAGUGCAUCACUCAGGCGUCGUACCUGCGCGGCGUGUACCUCAGCUUCAUGGUGUUCACGGAGCGCCUCACGCUCUACAUCACCCUACUCUCUUACUCGCUUUUCGGCUUCCAAGUCACGGCGGAUAUCGUGUUCCCUUUGGCGCAAUUCUACAACACCCUCCAAGGCACCCUAUCUAUUAUAAUGUCUAACGCGGUGUCAUUUUUGGCGGAAGCGCUGAUCUCGGUUCAGCGCCUCGAGGCGUUCAUGCUGUUUGAUGAACGCGAAGAUCUUCGUAGUGUGCCUGACGUAGAUAUAGCCAAACUUGUACAGAGCGUGGAGAACAAGAGAAACAAUCUAAGCGAAGUGGACCUAAGACCCAACACUUUCAAAAGGAUAGACGAAGAGGGAAUCUUUAAUCCAGGAUUCGUGUGCAACGAGAAGAACCUGAUGAGCGUGGCGCCGGCGGCCCCGGUGAGCCCCGACGUGGGCGUCCUGAUCCAGGACGUGUGCGCCAACUGGAUCGAGGACGGGCCUGUCACGCUGCGCGGACUUAACUUCACAAUACCUAAGGGGAAACUUUGUGCCAUCAUUGGAUCCGUCGGCUCAGGAAAGAGUUCCGUGUUGCAAUUGUUGCUGAACGAGCUCCGAUCGACGAGCGGCCGCAUCCACCUGUCCGGGCCGCUUUCGUACGCGAGCCAGGAGCCAUGGCUGUUCGUGGCCACUGUCCGACAGAACAUCCUCUUUGGACUUCCUUAUAAUUCCAAAAAAUAUAAAGAAGUGGUGAGAGUAUGCGCACUGCAAAAAGAUUUUCAACAAUUCCCUCAUGGAGACCAAACAUUGGUCGGCGAAAGAGGCGCUUCACUUUCUGGCGGACAGCGGGCGCGAAUCAAUCUCGCAAGAGCAGUUUAUAGACAGGCGGACAUCUACCUGCUGGACGACCCGCUGUCGGCUGUGGACGCGCACGUGGGCCGGCAGCUGUUCGACGAGUGCAUCUGCGGGUACUUGCGGCACGCCACGCGCGUGCUCGUCACGCACCAGCUGCACUACCUCAAGGAUGCUGAUUACAUCAUUAUUAUGAGCAAUGGUGCUGUCGAAGCAAAAGGAACUUACGCGGAACUUAUAAAUUACGGAAAGGACUUCGCUAAACUUUUGAGUGCUACUCAAGAAGACGAUGAAAAAGUUGAAGAGAAGCCAAAACCGAUGUCAAGGCGAACAUCGGCCAGAUUGUCGACAGCGCGCCGUCCAUCAUUGGCGGAGUCCACCGGGGGCGAAGUGCCGGCUCAGGAGAUGGAGGAGGAGGAACGAGAGUCGGGCUCGAUGGGCUGGCACGUGUACGGCGCCUACCUGAGCGCCGGCGGCCGCGCGCCGCGCAUUCUGUUCAUGGUGGUGCUGCUGAUCGUCGGUCAGCUCGCGGCCACACUCUGCGACUACUGGGUCACCUUCUGGACUAAUGAAGUUACAUUAAAAAAAGAAAGGCUCUCCAACAGCACUAUUAAGGAAUAUGAUCGCAAUUUGGAAGCGCCGGCCAACACGUCGUUCUCUUUAACCAGCUACUUUUCGGGCAUUGAGCUACAGUCAGAUUUAGACAUCCACGCGUACAUCGGGCCGCUAGACACUGCACAGUACUUGUACGUGUAUUCGGCUUUAAUCGUGUGCUGCAUCUUCUUCAUCACGGCGCGCGCCUUCAUGUUCUUCAAGGUGUGCAUGACGGCCUCCCGCAACCUCCACAAUGACAUGUUCCACUCCAUGCUGCGAGGAGUUAUGCGCUUCUUCGACACCAACUCGUCAGGUCGCAUUUUGAACAGAUUUUCGAAAGACAUCGGUUCCUUAGAUGAACUGCUGCCUCGGUUUUUAUUGGAAUGUAUUCAGAUCUACUUGGUGAUGUUCAGUAUCCUGGCUCUGAAUGCGGCGGCGCUCGUUUGGACUCUACUACCAACUACAAUUAUUUUGCUCCUGUUUUACGUUAUUCUUCAGAUUUAUCUGAAAUCUGCGCAGUCCAUUAAACGUCUAGAAGGAACUACACGCAGUCCCGUGUUUUCGCAUAUGGCUGCCACAUUGAACGGCAUCAGCACUAUACGUUCAGCAGGGGCACAGGAACGGCUAAUAAAAGAAUUCGAUCGGUUCCAGGACAUUCACACUUCGACGUGGACCAGCUACCUAGCUAGUGGAGUCACUCUUGGCUUUUGGCUCGAUUUCAUUUGCGUAAUAUAUUUAGCAAUCGUCAUCAUCGCUUUCCUUGUUAUUGACAGCAAAACCAUAUUCUCCGGCAACGUGGGAUUGGCCAUAUCGCAGACACUGAUUCUAACCGGAAUGCUGCAGUUCGGUGUGCGUCAGACGGCCGAAGUUAUUUCGCAAAUGACGAGCGUUGAGAGAAUAUUGCAAUACACGCACAUAGAACGCGAGUCACUCUGGGAAAAAGGCGCGAAGGCAACUCCAAAGGGUUGGCCGUGGCGCGGUCGUGUUGAGUUCCGCAAUGUCUUCAUGAAGUACAAUACAGAAGAUUUGCCAAUCCUUAAAAACCUCAACGUAGUCAUAGAAAAUGGAUGGAAGGUGGGAGUUGUGGGGCGCACGGGGGCCGGCAAGUCCUCGCUCAUCAGCUCGCUCUUCCGACUCGCCAUCGUCGAGGGCGAGGUGCUCAUCGACGACGUCGACACGGCUCAGUUGGCUUUACAGGAUUUGCGAUCCAAGAUCUCCAUCAUACCUCAAGAACCAGUUCUGUUUUCUGCGACAGUAAGAUACAACCUAGAUCCGUUCAACAGUUACGAUGAUGAACAGCUAUGGAGGGCACUUGAAGCAGUUGAUUUGAAGUCAGCUAUACACUCAUUGGACUUCAAAGUGUCAGAGGGCGGUUCAAACUUCUCGCUCGGACAGAGACAGCUGGUGUGCCUCGCUCGGGCCAUUCUGCGCGGCAACCGCAUCUUGGUGCUCGAUGAGGCCACCGCUAAUGUUGACCCCAAGACGGACGAGUUCAUUCAGGGAACCAUUCGUAAACGUUUCGCGGACUGCACCGUGCUGACGGUGGCGCACCGGCUCAACACCAUCAUGGACUCCGACCGCGUCAUGGUGAUGGACGCCGGCCGCCUGGUGGAGUUCGACCACCCUUACAAACUCCUCAGCAAUCCCGAAGGCCACUUCACUAAAAUGGUCAAAGAAACCAGUGACAAAAUGUCAGAACAGCUAUUCCAGAUUGCAAAGACCACAUUCCUCAACAAUGGAGGAGUUAUAGAAUAAUAAGCGUGCCAGGUGUCAUAAGUUGUUAAGUUUUUAAUUAUUUUUUUAGAGAACCUACGUAAUUUUCGUAAGUGAUAGAAAGGUAAGAAGUGGCAUAAAUAAGUAUUAGGAUCAAACGUACCAAGAGUUAUAUUCCAUUUCAUUAUCAAAUGGAGUUGAUGCGAUCGUAUCGGGUUCAAGAUAUGAAUGCCUCGCUAUAAACCAGCGCGGUAACAUGUCGCGAAAGUCGCAAAACUAUAAACAGCGGGGCGAAAAAUCCCUCGACAUCAGCAUCGUUAACGGAGCCUUACUACUUAGGACAUUAUUUAGGGUUCCAUAUUUUAAAUCAUUUAAUAAGUACAUAUUACGUCGGUGUCCGCUAGUGAGUUAGGAGCAUUUAGGCAUUAGGUACACUGAGGCGUUAUUGAUUCCCCGGUGAUACCGCCGCGUACAACGUCACAUUUCUAUUACAACUUGAAGCUAGGUAGGCCUACUGUAUCAGACAGACCAAGAAGCCUCAAGUGCAUUUACUGCAACUAAAGUUAAUAUGGGUUUCCACAUUAACUUUACUAAGUGUUUACUUAGUCGGGCUAUAAGUUAUGUCAAUGGUUAUGUCACAAAUAUUUCCAAUACAUACCUACGAUCUUAACAUGAAUCAACACUAUAGCUACACUACAUAUUAAGUAACGUACUAUAUACCUACUUAUACCUUUAACACCUUUUAAAAAUUAGGAAGUCCCAUAAUAGGCCCAUUUCAGACCAUGUAAAAUAAAAUAAAAACAUGUAUCUAGAAGUUAGUGCAGGCAGGCUAGAGUAAUUACGACUAAUUAGGUAUUUCUUUAAAUGCUUGCUUGCUGAACGCGAUUACUAAGUCAUUUUAUUUAAUUAGGAUACUGAAUUAAGUAAGGUGCAUAAAGGCCUUUGUAUCUUGUGUCAGUGGGCUCACAGUAAACGACUGGUACCUACAUAUUAAUGAUAAUUUAAGCAUAUAAUUUAUAUAAAAAAUACAGCCCUUUCGUCAGAGCUUAUGGACCGACUAAGGAAAUUAUGUACGUUGGUAAGUCAAGCCUGAGGGUCUACCGCGAACCACGUUCGACGUGCUGCCCUCCUCUCACACUUACGUACGAAUUUACAAGUGCGGCAAAGAGACAACACCUCGAACGUGAUUCGAGGUAGGCCCUCUGUCGUGAGUGUCAUUUACUAAUUCCCGAAGGAAGCGUCUGUCAUGUUACAAUUCUGAACAUGUUGCUAAUUAGAUAGGUGUUGUGUAUAAGUGUGUAUCCGGCUACCUACGUACCUACAGAACCCUUUCAGAGCGCGAAUUAACACGCUCAAAUUCUAACCUACUGUAUUUAAGGUAUUUUGCAUGCAUAUUGAGAACAUGAAUUAUUUAUUAUACCUACCUAUCUGUACCUAUUUUAUGAAAUAGGUAGGUACAAUUUAAAAAAUAUGUUAGUUUAAGAUCGCCUUAACUUUUUAUUAUAUUUGUAUUGCCAGUAUCUAAGUAUAAAUGUAGGAACGUCACUGUGUUAUUUAUUUUAGAAUAGAUUGUAUUAUAAUUUAGCGGUAUGAUUUUUUUCUUAAAAAUAAUUCAUCUAUUUAGUUUGUUUCAUCUGAAAACCGACCAUUGUGAAUGCCAUAGAGGAUUUCCUCGAACAAAUAUUAAAUAAGCUCUACCCAUC